CGACUGUGACGUUCCGAGCUCGUAGCGCAGUACUGUGUGCAUCUGGAAGUUGUCGCCAUCAUAUCUGGCUAAAUGUUACCCUAGCUCUCAAGUCAGUCAGCCGUUGUGUUCGAGGAUAUAAAGUUACUGAUAUUACUAACCUCUCUCUGCUUCUUCUGAUGAGUUUUUGUGAUCAGUUGUGAUGUUAUUAAUCGGUAAACGCGUCUAGGACUGGUGCAGUAUUGUGUAGUUUACUCACAUUAGCUGUGGCUAAUUUUUUAGAGCAUACAUUAGCUGAACUGGAGUCUUGAGAAGCAGCAAGGGGCGGUGGGCUGCUAAACAGUCGCUAGCUAGCAGCAAACCAGUUAACGCUAGUUAGUUGGCCAGCAAGUAAAACAUUCGUAAACAUUUAACGUUAAUGUGAAUACAGCCACGGCUGUGAGUGUCGUUGCAUACUCGCCGACAGUCUCCGCUGCUGUUUCCUGUGAGGUUGUUAACGUAGCCAAGCCAAGGAGCUAGCAGCGUCACAAAGCUAAGUUAGCUGCAACUCAGCUGGGAUACCAAGAAGAUUUAUAGCUAACAAAGGUGACUGAAUAAACUGGGAUUGGUCUGCGGCGGUUGGAGUCUGUGAAACUGGAGCUGGAAUCGUCAAAUUUCCUGUGUUCAACACGUAUGUCUAUCCAUCAGGCUGUUGGGCCUGACAACUAAGAAGAUGUCUGAGGGAGAGAACAAACAGGCCCCUGACACUGCCCAGGAAGGGAAGUCAGACUCCGUGGCAGCAGCAUCCACAGGUCAAGGAGUGUCAUCUGUCUCCCCCCCUGUGUCCAUGGUGACCCAGCCUCCAGCUACUGCUGCUACAGAGGAUGAGGAAGAGGAGAGUGAGGAUGAGUCAGAGAUUUUGGAGGAAAGCCCGUGUGGACGCUGGCAGAAACGCAGAGAAGAGGUGAAUCAGCGCAACGUCCCUGGGAUCGAUAAUGCUUACUUGGCCAUGGACACUGAGGAAGGAGUGGAGGUGGUGUGGAAUGAGGUCAUGUUCUCAGAAAGGAAGAAUUUCAAACUGCAGGAGGAAAAAGUCAAAGCAGUUUUUGACAAUUUGAUCCAGCUGGAGCAUUUAAAUAUUGUGAAAUUCCACAAGUACUGGGCAGACGUCAAAGAGAACAGAGCGAGGGUCAUUUUCAUCACUGAGUACAUGUCCUCAGGAAGUCUCAAACAGUUUUUGAAAAAGACAAAGAAAAACCACAAGACCAUGAAUGAAAAGGCCUGGAAGCGUUGGUGCACACAAAUCCUGUCUGCACUCAGCUACCUGCACUCCUGUGAACCUCCCAUCAUCCAUGGCAACCUGACCUGCGACACAAUCUUCAUCCAGCAUAAUGGCCUCAUCAAGAUUGGCUCAGUUGCUCCAGACACCAUCAAUAACCAUGUGAAAACCUGUCGGGAAGAGCAAAAGAGCCUUCACUUCUUUGCUCCUGAAUAUGGAGCUGUUGCCAGUGUUACCACAGCUGUGGAUAUUUAUUCCUUUGGAAUGUGCGCCUUAGAGAUGGCCGUGUUGGAAAUCCAGAGUAAUGGAGAUUCGUCUUAUGUGUCCCAAGAAGCCAUAAACAGUGCCAUUCAGUCCCUGGAGGACCCAUUGCAACGCGAAUUUAUCCAGAAGUGUUUGGAGGUGGACCCCAGUAAGCGACCCACAGCUAAGGAGCUGUUGUUUCACCAGGCCUUGUUUGAGGUGCCCUUACUCAAGCUGCUGGCUGCCCACUGCAUCGUCAGCCACCAGCAUAUGAUUCCAGAAAAUGCUUUAGAAGAAAUGACAAAGAACAUGGACCCUAACUUGGUGAUCGUUGAGGCCAAGGACGGAGUUCAGAUGAAGCUCUCUCAGUUUCCUGCACUUGAGUUGGACAAGUUCCUAGAAGAUGUAAGGAAUGGGAUCUACCCUCUGACUGCAUUUGGGAUUCCAUGUCCACAACAGCCUCAGCAGGAGGCGGUCAAGUCGCCCAUAGUGCCCCCCUCUGUGAAAACCCCAACUCCUGAACCUGCAGAGCUUGAGACCAGAAAGGUCCUUCAGAUGCAGUGUAACAUUGAGCCUGUUGAUGAGGGCACCAAGCAUCAUCUGACUCUGCUGUUGAAACUUGAGGAUAAAUUGAACAGACACCUAAGCUGUGAUUUGUUACCAAAUGAGAGUGUGCAGGAGCUGGCUGUGGAGCUUGUUCAGCUGGGAUUCAUCAGUGAGGGCGAUCAGCCACGACUGGCAUCUGUUCUUGAAGAGGCCUUCUCAAAGUUCUACAGCCGGAAUGGUUCUCUCAAUCCGGUGACUGUCUCCUCAUAGCGGAGGACUCACUAGGCCUUCUUUCAGCCCUCCUCGUCCUCUACGACAGGACUAGCUUUUUGCUCCAUGUCUGAGUUGCAGGAAAGCUUUGCGGGGACAGAGGAGGAAGCCUUGGUCUGGUUGCAGAUCCUGCAGUCUGUUCUUGUAUCAUCUGGUGGGAAAAAGCUGCCACUAAGUGGUUGUCUCUUUCUGUCUUUUUUUUUUUUUUUUUUUUAUUUCCUCCCACCCAAUACAGCCAUUUGCUUCUCUUUUAAAAGAGGAAAUCCUAGUCGCAACUUAAAAGAAAAUACAAAUGUUUUCACUUUUUGACUUAUUUCUUUCCUUCAGUUCUGAAUGGUAGAAGUAAGCCACAUAAAACUGGAUAACAGCAGUAUUUUCCUUAAGUCAGUAUUAAAACUGUAUUUUAAACAUUUUUACUUAAAACUGUUGAAUAGUUGUCUGUAUGAAAAAAAAUCUUUGUCCCGGCAUACUGAAGCAUAUGUGUUAUGGUGUUGUCAGGUUAACUCUGGUUGUCUGAUCCUUUAAACUUUCUCUUGAAAGCGGUGAGUGAGGCACCUUUCCUACCUUGUAUCAGUUUUUCGAAGACUCUCAAACACAUCAAGCAAGUAAUGCAACAGAUGCAAUGUCACUUUUACUUCAAAAUUCUGUAAUUUUACAGUGUAGUCAUGAAACAUGCAGCUGCAUCACAGUUUAAAGAGCUGCAGCUGAAAUAUUAAAAAUCAAACUAUUUAUUUGUGUAUCUUUUCUUGAGUGUGUGUGUGUACUAUAAUUCACUUCCAGCACUAAGGUCGGUGGUUGUUUGAAUGUAUGCUCUUAGUUGCUCUCUUUCUUUAAAGCAGGCUGUUAUUUUCCAGGAAAAGGGGGUGUUGUCACUUGAGUGUGGUCCAUUUACUACUGUAGCCUUUGUUUUACAGGUAACACCUUGCAGCACUUAUCAUUUAGGACUGGGUCGAUAAUAAAGUUGUUUUUAGGUUUUAUGCAGGAGGGGUUGGUUAGACUCAUGUGAAGAUGCUUUUGCAAUGAAGCACAUGAUCUGAUGGAUAUCCUUCAUCAGGUUCGGCUAAUGCACGUAUGCUUUUCUGUGUCUAAAUGGAAACAGCUUCAUGCAACGGGUUUGCUUCUGGAGUUCGGUUCUCGUUCUCACAGUGAUAGCGAUGGAUUCGAGUUAUUCAUCAUGCAGAGAAUGCUUUGUCACUGUAGGCCUGUUGAUGUUUAGAUUUUGUGGCUCUGGAUCAUUUCCUCUUGGCUGAGGUAGUCUGUGUGCACACCAGAGCGAAAGCUUGCCCUCCCACGUAGAUAUUCAGUUAUUGGCUCAGACCACCCUUACAUGUUAACUGUUUGGGGAUUUCUCUGCUAGUUUGCACUGCUGUACACUUUUAUGUCCUGUUUGAAAUAGCCUGUGGCCUCUUGCUCCUUCACGCUAACAGAAGGAACUUGGAUGAUUUGAAAAUGGCAUAAUGAAAAAUUUAGUCUGUGAUCCAGUCUUUGUCUACUCUAUGCUGUGACUACCUUCUGACAGGGUGUGUAGAUACUGUGAGAUACAAGAGUGGGACUGCCUGGCAUGCUUGUAACCAUCUUGUACACUGUAUGCUGGACACUGUGCUCUGUUUCUGCAACGCAUUUGCCCUCUUUUUUCACUUCCUGAAAUAAAAAUUUACACUAUCAGCA